CCUCCUCUUCCGCCCGGAAAUCCGGCUCCCUGCGGGUGUCGGCCGCUGUGGCUGCGGGGCCCGGGGCGUUGGGUCCUGUGUCCCCGAAGGAGCAGCACGCUCGCUCCCUCUCGUCUUCUCUGGCCACUGUGGAGAGCUUCAGACAGGACAGUCCAGGUGUGGGAGCCGAGCCCCAGCAUCUGGUCUCGCAGCCAGUCCGUUCGCCUCCUGUCCCAGGGGUCCCUCCAGAGCCCUCUGUGGUUUCCCGGAGCAGCGGACGAUGAACACCUCUCUGGAAUUGGUGUCCUUUGAGGACGUGGCUGUGAACUUCUCCUGGGAGGAGUGGCAGGACCUGGAUGAUGCUCAGAGGACCCUGUACAGGGCCGUGAUGCUGGAGACCUACAGGAGCCUGGUGUCCCUGGGACACUGCAUUUCCAAACCUGAGGUGAUUGUCAAGUUGGAGCAAGGAGCAGAGCCGUGGGCUGUACGGGAAGCCCCAACCCGGCGCCUCCCAGAUGUCCAGAGUGCAGGAGACCCGCCAGGACCAUCAGAGCAGACAUGUGGGGCAAGUUGGGUUCUCCAGCAACAAAAGGUCAACUACGAAGAGAACCGCCUUGGGCAAACCAUUUAAUUUGAGCGCAAUCCACAUUUCAGACCUGGUUAUAAAUAAUGGAGACUGUUCAGGAAUGAA